GAGAGGUGCAUGUGAUGUGAACGGGCGGGUUUCUGAUUGUCACGGAGCGAUAGUUUUGUUUGUUGUUUCCUGAGCUGCGCAUGCGCAUGUGAACCUUCCUUGGCGAGCCGCUGUCCGGAGUUGCCGGUCCAACAUGGAGAGGAAAGUGCUCGCGCUUCAGGCGAGGAAGAAGCGAACCAAGGCGAAAAAAGCCAACAAAAAGCCCGACCCCCACCCAAGGGGAGGCUCCCAGCUGCAGGAUGCUCAGUCCCACGAUGAGGAGAUCCUGGGGUCAGACGACGAGGAGCAGGAGGACCCCAACGACUACUGCAAGGGUGGGUAUCACCACGUGAAGACCGGAGACCUGUUUAACGGGCGGUACCACGUGAUCCGCAAACUGGGCUGGGGACACUUCUCCACCGUGUGGCUCGCCUGGGACAUACAGGGGAAGCGUUUCGUGGCGAUGAAGGUGGUGAAGAGCGCGGAGCACUACACAGAGACGGCGCUGGACGAGAUCAAACUGCUGAGAUCGGUCAGGAACACGGACCCUGGGGACCCCAGCCGGGAGAAGGUGGUCCAGCUGCUCGACGACUUCAAGAUCUCCGGCGUCAACGGAACCCACGUGUGCAUGGUGUUCGAGGUUCUGGGACACCACCUGCUCAAGUGGAUCAUCAAGUCCAACUACCAGGGCCUGCCCCCUCCCUGCGUGAAAAGCAUCAUUCGACAGGUGCUGCAGGGCCUGGACUACCUGCACUCCAGGUGUAAGAUCAUCCACACGGACAUCAAGCCGGAGAACAUCCUGAUGAGUGUGAAUGAGCCCUACAUCAGGAAGCUCGCUGUGGAGGCCACGGAGUGGCAGAGAGCAGGAGGACCACCCCCCUCAGGAUCUGCAGUGAGCACCGCGCCUGUGCCAAAACAAGCGGUGAAGAUGUCCAAGAAUAAGAAGAAGAAGAUGAAGAAGAAGCAGAGGAAGAAGGCAGAGCUCCUGGAGCAGCGGAUUCUGGAGCGCGGGGGCGAGGAGGAGGAGGAGGAGGAAGGAGGGAGCACACCCCCCAGACAGGACCUCCCUCUCCAGGACACAGUGGACGUCUGUGUGGAGAGCUGGGCCCAGGACCCCGCCAUGGAGGUGAACUGUAACGGCUACGCCCUGCCCGGGGAGGAAGACCGCCGCAACGCUACCACCAUCGGCCUGCAGGAGGCACUGCUGCUCAACCAGGCCUACCUGGCCUGCAGCGGCACCGCCCCCGGAGACCCCGACCACAACCACGCCACAGACGCUAAGAUGGCUGCCGGUGGGCUGCUGGUGAAUCCCCUGGAGCCCGUUAACGCUGAGAAGAUCACGGUGAAGAUCGCUGACCUGGGGAACGCCUGCUGGGUGCAUAAGCACUUCACGGACGACAUCCAGACGCGGCAGUACCGCUCCCUGGAGGUGCUGAUGGGGGCGGGGUACGGCACCCCCGCGGACAUCUGGAGCACCGCCUGCAUGGCGUUUGAGCUGGCGACGGGAGACUACCUGUUCGAGCCGCACUCCGGAGAAGAUUACUCCAGGGAUGAAGACCACAUCGCUUUGAUCAUCGAGCUCCUGGGAAAGGUUCCUCGAAAGCUCGUUAUGGCUGGGAAAUAUUCCAAGGAGUUCUUCACCAAGAAAGGUGACCUGAGGCACAUAAGCAGGCUGAAGCCCUGGGGAUUGUUGGAGGUGCUGGUGCAGAAGUAUGAUUGGCCGCAGGAGGAGGCUCAGAUGUUUGCGGACUUCCUGCUGCCCAUGCUGGAGCUGGUCCCCGAGAAACGAGCCACGGCCUCCGAGUGCCUCAGACACGCCUGGAUCGCCUCCUAGUGGAGCCAGCGGGAAUUACAACUCUGCAAAUACACACACACACACACACACACACACAUACAUACACGCACACCCAUACACAUAUACACACACACACACACACACACACAUAUACACACCUGUACACACACACAUACACACACGUAUACACAUACACGUACAUGUACGCACACACACAUACACACUCAUGUACACACACACGUAAACAUACACACACAUAUACACGCACGUACACACACAUACACAUACACACACACGUAUACACAAAUGUACACACACGCAUACACACAAGUAUACACACACAUACACACGCACACUCGCACGCACGCACACACACACACACUCUUACACACACACACACACACACACACACAUACACACACUGUCUGGCGCUGGCAUUGGCACAAACCCAGGAGGAGCUGUCCUGUGCCGUUGCCUAUUUACUCCCAUUUUGUGUUUGUUUGUUGUCUGUCUUUUAUCUUUCAUUUCUGGACUUUACUUGAGUAUCUUGGCUAUUUUUGUCCGGCUUGGGCUGAGGACACCCCCACAAUGCCCCCCUCUCCCCCUCCCCCCCCCAGCAAAUAUCCAGUUUAGUGAGCGCUUUCUGUAUCACCCACUGAAAUGGCUUCUGCUCUUUAAAAUGGCUGCUGGUUUGGAGCUUCAUUUCUCCUGAUGUCGGACUCGCUAACCCCAGUCCUGGCCGUAUCACCUUAGGAAAGCCAGUUUGAGUCCAACUUUUUCUGAAGGACUUGGAUUAUUUUAUCUUUUUUUGAGUAUUUGAAGUCUCCUGUGAGAAUCAGUAUUUUUCAGGUUGUUGGAGUCGUGAAAGAUGGACAGGACUUGGAGCUAAAAACAGGGAGAACACUUUUCUAUGAAGAGGGAUUUCUGCAACGGGACCUGGAAACAGAACUGCUCUAAAUGGACCAAACGCUGCUGCUCUCUGCCUCUCCAACAAUAAAAAAAUCUCUUAUUUUCUCUCUCCAUGUUGUGAGAGAAGUUAUAUCACAUCUUGAAAUCUCUCAGAGGAAUCGGCUGAACAUUUGUGAAGCUGCAAGAUGAUUGUUUUUAGUGCUGCUGCGUUUCAAAAGUUUUUUUCUUUUUUUGUUUCUUCAUGAAAGACAUCUUUAAAGAGCUGCUUUAAAGUAAAAUGCUUUUGUCCCUUAGGAUAGUGUUCUUACAGCUUUUCACACGGCUCAAAGAUAUCACAAGCGCUGACAGACACGGAAGAAAAGGUGUUGAUAAAUAGAGCGAUUUGUGUGCAUAUCUGAACUUGUACCAGUGUUGGCCUUUCUGAAGCCCUGACGCUGGGCUGCUGCAGCUGAGGUGUUGUGGAUGGAUGUCUGUCUGUGUGUCGCUCCCCUGUAGUUCUGCUGCGUUUUAAACGGAUGCUUUUCAUACAACGCUUUCUGCUGCGGACGCACAGACCGGCGUGUGUUGUGAAUGUGAAGAACACGCGUGUUCUUAAUGGAUUCUGAGAGGCCCUCUGUCUCUCUCUCUUUCCCUCUGUCUCUGCCUGUCUCUCUCUCUCUUUCCCUCUGUCUCUUUCUCUUUCCCUCUCCCUCUGUCUCUCUCUUUCCCUCUCCCUCUGUCUCUCUCUUUCCCUCUCCCUCUGUCUCUCUCUCUUUCCCUCUCCCUCUGUCUCUCUCUUUCCCUCUCCCUCUGUCUCUCUCUCUCUUUCCCUCUCCCUCUGUCUCUCUCUCUCUCUUUCCCUCUCCCUCUGUCUCUCUUUCCCUCUCCCUCUGUCUCUCUCUUUCCCUCUCCCUCUGUCUCUCUCUUUCCCUCUCCCUCUGUCUCUCUCUCUUUCCCUCUCCCUCUGUCUCUCUUCUCUUUCUGUCUUUCUCACUCUGUUUCCUCUCUGUCUCUCUCUCACUGUCUUUCUCUGUCAUUCUCUGUCUCACUCUCUUUGUCUCUAUCUCACUAUCCUUUUUCUCUCUCACUCUGUCUCUCAUUCUCGUAAGUCUCUUUCUCUCUCUUUUCUGUCUCCUCAUUUGAUUGUUCACUGCUAAACUAAAAGACAAACUACUUUUUCGCUAGUUGUUAAAAAAAUUAAUAAAAUAAAGAUUUUCAAAAGGGAA